UUUUUUUUUUUUGUCUGUGUGUGUGUAACCACGCCUACACAGUGGCUGCCAAGGCUUACCCAUGAGUUAAACCUUCUUUAGUUGGUAAUGAGGAAGGCGUGGGCUCUAGCAGUGGACACCCGAAGGCAGCAGUGGGUGAAAACAAGCAAAAUAAGGAAAAGUUUGGCUGUGAGAAGGUGCUAGACAGCCAGCCAUAGUGACCAGGAGGCACCACCACCAUCACCACCACAGGGGAGGUGUAGUGAUAGAUUGUUUAUGAAGGUGUCAUGUUCGAAGCCGCAACCAAGUCAUACGAACAUAGUGUGGAGCUUCAAGCAGUGGAGUGGAUAAGACCUUGCUUCUGAUUUUUCGCUUGAAUUUCGUUAUAUGUGAUGAGCAUGAGACUCGUGGACUGUGAAGUGCAGACAGAGGAGUUCAGUUUGCUGCUGCCUGAGAGUGGAAGUGGAAAUAGUACGCUAAAAAAAGGAGGGAAGCAUCAGCACAGCUCAGCAUCCACAAAAGAAACAUUUAUGCGUAAAGGCGGAAAAAAAUGCAUAUACCUACUAGUUGUAUUAACGUUGAUUGGCGGGGGAGGGUUCGUGUAUCUAGGAUUUUACUGCCCCGACUCGGUGUGCUUUCUAAGACCUCAGUCACUGGUCAGGUCAGGAAAGACUGACACCCAUAGAGACCCGCCCACUAAACAGUUUCAGGUGAUUAGAGACACUCUGGACCAAUUCCACUUCAGAACAGAUGGGGUUGGGCAGCCACUCCUCAACACAGCCCGGACAGCCAUGGGGCCCUCCUUUGAUGAUGUGGUUGGGCGAGACUUCCAGUUUGACAUCGAGGACCAUGAUGUCAUAGUGUUUUUGCAUAUUCAGAAAACUGGUGGGACAACAUUUGGAAAGCACCUUGUGGGGGACUUGGACUUGGCGCGUCAGUGUGAGUGUCGUAGAAAGGUGAAGAAGAGAUGCACCUGCCUUCGACCCGGCAGGAAUUCAUUUGAGACUUGGUUGUUCUCCCGGCACUCGACUGGAUGGAAGUGUGGCCUCCAUGCAGAUUGGACAGAACUAACCAGCUGUGUGGAUGAUGUCAUGGAUAAACUUGAGGAUAAUGAAAUCAAGAGAAGGUACUUCUAUAUCACCAUGCUAAGAAAUCCCAUUCAUCGGUUUCUCAGUGAAUUCCACCAUGUUCGUCGUGGAGCAACAUGGAAGAAUGCCCGUUUGCUGUGCCAAGGUCGACAUGCCACCAAGGAGGAGAUGCCACCAUGUUAUCAUACAGAGACAUGGGAAAAUGUUACCCUGGAUGAGUUCAUGGCAUGCAGUAGCAACUUGGCUAUAAACAGACAGACGCGGAUGCUGGCAGAUCUGUCAUUGGUGGGAUGCUACAACAGUUCCAUGAUGACUCCUGAAGAUAGAGGCAAGAUAAUGCUGCUUUCUGCAAAAAAUAAUCUGAAGAAGAUGGCUUUUUAUGGCCUGACUGAAGAGCAGGAGAUUAGUCAGUACCUGUUUGAAGUGACUUUUAAUCUCAAGUUCAGAGUGCGAUUCAGGCAGUUUAAUCAGACUAUCACUGACAUGGCUAUGAGAAACUUUGAUGCUGAAACCAUAAAACAAAUUGAGGAGCUAAAUUCACUGGACAUGGAACUCUACAAGUAUGCUGUGGAGCUUCUGCAGCAACGUUUCAAGAAAUUAUCAGCUCAGGACAAGCAUUUCCAUGAACACUUUCAGAAUAUGGGAGGUGUAUUUUCUUGGGCAGAAAUUGAGAAUGAAGAGUGACAUUUUAUAUUUUCAUGUUAUACAAUAUGCAAAACCAGAAGCACUUUUGUGUUGCCAUCUAUGUAUUGUGUUUAUUGAGUGAAAGUGUUUUAUACAGAUGCCAGUGAAUAGGUUAAAGUAAAACGAAUGGAUAAAAGUUUUAAAAUAUGUGAACAUGUGAGACAGGGAUUAUGUUUAUGGAUGUCAAUAAGAAAGUAAAUCCAACAUGAGAUGGAAAUAUGUAUAAAUAUGUGAUAUUUCAAUAGAGGUCAGAAGCAGUUAUUGUGUUGCAGAGAAUGAAAAGUACUCAAGUGCAAAAAUUAUCGUCAAGUAAUUGCAGUAUUAUAUGCUUAAAGUUUAUAUAUAUAUAUAUAUAUAUAUAUAUAUAUAUAUAUAUAUAUAUAUAUAUAUAUAUAUAUAUAUAUAUAUAUAUAUAUAUAUAUAUAUAUAAAAACAUUUGUUUUUAAAGGGAAAAGAAUUAAGUAAUUGACUGAUGAUACAUGUAGGAUAAGAUUUAAGUGUCUGAAGGAGUGUGUAGUUAGACAUAUUGGGCGAGUCUAUGUAACCCUUGAUUUAAGAAAAAUUGAUCUGUGAAUUUUCAAAACUAUAGUUAUAAAACUGUAAAAAAAGAAAUUAUAUAAUGCACAAAAGUUUUAACCUUAGCCAUAUUAAACAUUCUCACUUCAUGUCACCAGUGUCAUGUUUCACAGAUGAAUAAUAUUUUUGGUACAUAUUGAAAUUGAAAGGAAUAUAUAGUUGAAGAAUUCUAUGGACAAUGGUAUCCUAGUGUGUAACUUCAGUGUGAGCUGUAUGGGACUAUGAUGAUUAGUGUGAAUGCAGGAUAAUUUUUAAGUAAUAGUGAUAAUCAGUGUUGAAAUGAGAAUAUGGGCAAUUUAUGGCAGGGAACCAAGAUCUGUCUGUGGUGUAAGAAGCAGUAUAGCCAUAUAAGCUAGUCAAAUAGGAUAUCUGCUCUGGGAAUACUCAGAUCACAAGUUUAAGUGAAAACCAUAACUUUCUUUCCAACGACAACUCAGUCCUGUGUUAUUAUGUUUGCUGGUAGGCAUAGUGGCCAGUGAAACUUGCAUGGAACGUAUUAUCUAAAGCACUUAUGAUGCUUAUCAGUGAAUUACCUUUAUUUUAUGCUUAAUUACUGUUUUCUUAAUAAAAUACCAUGUUUCAUAAUUAUUGUAUAAAUUAGCAUUGAUUUUUCUGCGAAAAAUUAAAAUGUUUACUGGAAUUUAGCAUAUGAAAAUAAGUGUGGUCAUACAAUUUUAAAGUGAUAAAAAGGUUUUUAGAGAGAUGUAAUCAUGUAUAAUUUGAGAACUUUGUUCAGUGAAAAAGGUUUGAAAAUAUCUUUGAUCAUUUAUAGAUAUGAAACUAUGGAGGAAGAAAAUUAUAUUGAUCAUUGUAUGAAGGAAAAUGGAAAGAUUCUUUAGGUAUAUAAUGAGAGCAAUACUGUGAAGAUGUAGUAAUAAACUCCUUAACAUCAUUGAUAGUGCUAAUAUUGACAUAUGCAAGUAAAACAUGAACAUGGACUGAAAAUCAUACAUCCAGGAUCCAUGAUAUAGGGAUGAAGGAUUUGUGAAGUACCUGUGAUAUAGACAGAAAGGAUAAUACAUCAUGCAAGUGACUAUGGAAGGUUUGGAAUGUCUAGUAAGGAAGGGAAGAACUUGGUGCCAUGCAGAAGAUUGUCAGGUGUAACAGCUUGCAUAAGUGCUGAAGGAAGGCUCUUUGUAAAGUGAGGGGACAAUGUUGAGUAUUUGUGGAAAAAACUGCAGUGUGCAGUUAUGAAGUAUAGAAUCAGGAGUAAGGGAAGGCUUCUGUCUUGGCCAUCCCUUAGAGAUUCAAGGAACUGUUUUCAAGAUAAGUAAAUACAAUACAGAUAAUAUGAUUUCCAUUCUAUGUUUUAUUAUAGACAGUAUCAGAAUUGCAGUAUUUAUGAUUUGGAUUGAUCAGUAUAGUGAAUGUGACACUUUUAAUCUGGGAUUACCACCUUCUCUUGAUAAUGAUCUAGAUGACACCUUCAUGGUUAGGUGAAAGGUGAACAAUAAGUAUUCCUAAUAUACUGAGAUUUUUCAUCACCUAUGACAGGAGUAUGAAAUUAGAAGUCCUGUCUGGAUAAUGGUAUGUAGCUGUAAUAAUGAAAUAGCUUAAAGGUGUUUUGUGUUAUAAGUUUCAGGGUAAUGAAAAUGUUUUAGGGAAUACAUAUUUACGUAGGUAAUGAAGUUCUCAACUCCAUGUCUCCACAUGCAUUUGGAUGUGCACUAGCAUAAUCAACUAUUUUCCAGUAUUAAACUGGUAGAACAUUAUAGUAAAAAUGUAGUCAUUACAACAGAAUAGCUCAUUCAUGCUCCUCUCAAAGCAUUCUCAUAGUUUUGAAGAUAACUAUCAUCUCUUUAUUUCAAGAAUUAUUGUGACAUUUCACUGUCUUCAUGGCAGAUUCAUGUUUAUGUAUGUGUCAGUAUAUUUUCUUUGAGAAUGCCAAUACUGAAAUUGUUGCAACUAUUAUCACUGUUUAUAGAAAAUUUUAGGCUGGUGAUGUGUAUGGAUCUUAGUAUCACAAGUGCACAUUGUGUUUCCUGGUAAUGUUCAAUAAUUUGGAACAAGUGAAAUGGAAUGAUAUGAAAUUAGUAUAUAUAAGUAAAUAAGUACAAAUGAACAGUGCUGACUUGUUCACAGGCUUAAAUUGCAUCUUAAAAGUAUGGCACAACUGGAUUACUGAUCAUACUUUAAGAGAAUGUGUUAAUGCUGAUCAUCUUUGACUUAUAACAGGUGUAUACACAUCUUUUAUGAUAUAUAUUUGCAUACCUAUUUAUAUUACUUAUUUAUUUAUUUAUUUAUUUUAUUUUAUUUUUAACAUAAAUCACUCAUCCUAUGCUGGCAUGUGUGAUAGGUAUGUAGAGUAUUAUGGAUAUAUUAGUCAACGUAGUAUUUUUGCUAGUCUCAUAGAAGAAACAAAAAAAAAACAUUGAAUACUACAACAGUUAAGUGUCAAGAAAACUUCAAAAUUUCAGUUUGUGCAUUUCCUCUCUCUCUCUCUCUCUCUCUCUCUCUCUCUCUCUCUCUCUCUCUCUCUCUCUCUCUCUCUCUCUCUCUCUCUCUCUCUCUCUCUCUCUCUCUC